UGUGGUCGUAUGUUUUCACCCUUCCUUAAAGUUUCUCAGUUUUCACCCCACCCAGUAGGUGGCGGCAAUACCUUUUUUUUUUGUAGCCCGCAAAUAAAAACUUGCAGAAGAAGAAGCUGCUUUCAAGCUUGCUCCAGAGCUGUGUUGAUCACGGUUAUUUCCCUGCAACAGAGAGAAUUUAAGCGAAGCAAUCAUCAUGCCUAUGUUUUUGGUGAAUACUAAUGUGCCCAAGAGUGACAUUCCUCCUGCACUGUUGUCUGAGGCCACAGAGGAACUGGCCAAGGCGAUGGGAAAACCUGUGCAGGUGAGUCUUCCAAAGUUGGCACAGCAAUGCCUUCCCACCCUCCCCCGUUGUAGAUCGCUAAUUAUAGUUCAUUUGAUGCUGAUGCGUUUUUCUGCGGUGAAGAUUACAUUGUAGGGACCCUUUGUUGCAGUUGAGAGACCCCUUUGGCAUCCCAUAACAGAACCGUUAUACAAUUGGGCAUGCGCAGAUCUUAUUCCUAAAAUGGAACACGAGGUUCGUGCUGCAGGUCUACUAUACUUUUAAUAGGUCCAGGACAGGAGUACUGUAACAUGUAAUCCAACAACUAGUUUUACAUGUGCAAUUUCACUGUAAUGGUUGGAAUUUUCAUCUUGCCUUAAACACAUGAUUUUCACAUGAUUGUUCCAGCUCCCACUCAUUGUAUGCUCUGUUCUCUCUGUGUGCGUCUCUUUCUCAGUACCUCGCUGUGCACAUCGUCCCAGACCAGUUGAUGAUGUUCGGGGGGAAAGGAGACCCUUGUGCCCUCUGCUCCCUGCACAGCAUUGGAAAGAUUGAAGGAGCUCAGAAACAGUACUCUAAACUACUGUGUGGACUGCUCAACAAACACCUGGGCAUCUCCCCUGACAGGUAAUGGACACCACACACAGAGGAAAAUCCACAUGAAAUGUUCAUACACUAACACUCCUCUUGUGUCUCAGGAUCUACGUGAACUUCUUUGACAUGGAGGCAGCGAACGUGGCCUGGAACAACUCUACCUUUGGUUGAGCAGGGGACCUAAACCUCAAUGGGAGCUGACCCCUCCUUUCCCCAACACCUUAACGGUUUUAUAGCACUAGAGUAGGCUGUGGAGAGAUGAGCAGAGAUGCCCAGUUGUUGGGCUGAUGUAGAGCAGUAUUGAUAAAUGCACUUAAAUGGACCCUUGCUUUAAAACAUACCCUUGAUUUGCACUGGACCCUAGGCUUUGAUGUUACAAUAAAGUGAUUCACCUUGAUCACAA